GAAUCACUUCGUUUGAUGAUUAUGGCUAAAUAUGCAAAGCAAAUGCCUGAAUUUCGAAAAAUUCCAGAGAAUGAAAAGAAAGCUAUACGUAAAUUAAGUUAUGAAGAAACAGAAUUAAAAAAUGAAGAAACAUUACCACCAGAAUUAGAUCAAGAAAUAUCACUAGGAUUAGAUGAUGAAGAAAUAUCGUC